UGUAUCUUCAUGGCAUGUUUCAUUACUGGAAAUGUUUCAGCUGUGAAGUAGAAGAAAGUCGAGAAGUGGGAUGUGUGGAGGUCACAGCGCGGCGACGACUCAGAGUGGAAAACGGCAGCAUUACAGCAUCAGUCCAGAUUAAAAGUUGUUGAGUUUCACUUUCCAGUCGUCAGAAAUGAGGCUUUCGUCAGUUUAAUGUCACAGGUGGAAGGAAGCGCAGGCAGAGCUCGGACACGAUGGAGACAGAAAUACUGAAAAUGAUCUGCGCCAAUCAAGGAGCAGUCAACACUGAGGAUUUAGUAUAUAAUCUGUUUUCCGGCGAUCCUAAGAAGUUGUCGGAGAUCAUUUGUAACCAAGAGAAAUUUGUUUCGUGUUGUCCAAACGGACAGCCGAAGGUGGUGGCCAGGACCCGCCUGAGACUUUGCAAAGUGAAAGACUGUCUGGGGAUAUGCAGGGGUCUGCACCUGUGCAAAAACUUCCUCUUCAGCGGAUUCUGUCAGUUCACUCAGCUCAGGAGGGGCUGCUGCUUCUCCCAUGAGCUGACCUCUGAUCGUAACCAAAGACUUCUGAGGCAGCAUGAGCUGGAGAGCCUGAGCCGAGAAGAGCUGUGCACCCUGCUGCUGCAGAGUGACCACACACUCCUUCCUGAUAUAUGCUACGACUACAACAAUGGUGUUGGGCUGUUCGGCAGGUGUCAGGAUGGUGAUGGUUGCAGGAGGCUCCACAUCUGUGAGAACUACAUCAGCCGUGAAUGCAGCUGCUGGAAGAACCACGAUUUUACUGCUCCACAGCCAUUCAAAGCUUUGCAAGCUAGAGGCGUACCUGACACACUCUUUCAGUCCUUGAAGGCUGCUUAUUCAAAUAAACAGGCUUUGAGGCUGGCUGGAGUCAGUGACCAUGGCCAACAAAGUCAGAGAGGCAGAGGGAGAGGUGGCCAUCAGCUCAGCAGGGGCUUUAGGGGAAACAGAGGAAACCACAGCAGCCGCCAAGAUCUGCAUCGAGCCCGUUCACUUAGUGACAUUGCUGCAAACAUUGAUGGUUUUGACCUGUACUCCAGCAAUGGACUGAAUGAAAGCGACGAUGAAAACUCUCCCACCAGUGACAUCAUUGUGGCCGCUACCAGGAACAGGGGCAACCAUCAGCGUUUUCAUAAUGCUCGUUCCUUAAGUGACAUUCACGCUGCUGUCAGUGAUGUAGCUGCUAAAGGCGGAGAAUGCCAGAACAAUAGACAGAGGCCUGCCAGAGAUAAAACAGAGAUCUGCAUGUACUUCAUUAAAAGUCACUGCAAACAUGAUGAUCGAUGUUUUAAAGCUCAUGACAAGAUGCCGUACCGAUGGCAGGUCCAAGAGGGACACCAGUGGACUGAUUUGCCCGAUAAUGAGACAAUUGAGAGAGACUACUGUGACCCCAGUAACUCAUACAGUAGCACCAGCCCAGCCGUGCACUUUGACACGAUGACCUGUGGACAGAACAAAGUACGUCGACUCUCGACAGAAAACUCGGUGAUUGAGCCGACCUUCAUCCACACCACCGAGUGGCUUUGGUACUGGCAGGAUGAGUUUGGGAGGUGGAACAUGUUUGCAUCCGCUACUAGUGGACAUAAAGCAGCAGACAUCAACAGCACAAAGCUGGAGAAGUUGUUCCUGGGCAAUAAUAAAGACGUUGUGGAGUUUACUGCUGGUUCACACUCGUAUUCACUCAGUUUCCAGGACAUGAUGCAGACAAACAAACUUACUGGCAUGAAGACGCUUGUGUGCAGACGGCCACGGUUUGUCUCUGCUGUAGAUGUCCUAACAAAGAAAGUCAGAAGGCCUGUGAUUCAAAAUGUCGGCCCAAUACCGGACAACUGGGAGAAGAAACAGAUCCCUGAAACAGGAUAUUCGCGGAUCUCCCUCCAAAGCAGCUCAGGAGAAUUUAAGGAGGUUGAAGCUCUUUUCUGUAAAACCAUGAGAAACUUUGAUAUCGUCAACAUUGAGAGAAUUCAGAACCAAAGUCUUUGGGAGGCCUUUCAGUUUUUCCUAUCUCCUAUUUCAAGGCAGAAGAAUCAGAUGAGGACCAAAAACCGAGGGAGAGAUGUGCCUGAACUACGGCUUUUUCAUGGCACUGACUCCAAAUCUGUAAACACCAUCUGCCACAACAACUUUGACUGCAGAACUCAUGGAAUGGCUUAUGGCAAAGGUAGUUACUUUGCCCGCGAUGCCAAAUAUUCCCACGACCACACCGGUGACACUGACGUCAGAGCCAUGUUCAUCUCACGGGUGCUGGUGGGAGACUACACCAAAGGGUCCUUCGAUUAUUGCCAACCUCCUUCAAAAGACGGAGGGGACAUAAACCUCUAUGACAGCUGUGUAGAUGAUGUAAUGGACCCCACCAUAUUUGUGGUGUUUGAGAAGCACCAGAUCUACCCCGAGUACCUGAUACAGUACAAUUAGACAGACGUGUACUGGUGACCGAAACCAGCUACGCUAUCAGCUUACCAACCCAGCACAGUUUCUUUCAUGGUGAGACAAAUGUAAGCACUUUGAGUACUCUGUGUAGAAAAGAGAUAUGAGAACCACACCAUUUCCCAUUAAGCAUUUAGCAAUGUUGGUAAAAAUGUGUGAAUUGUUCUGGGAAAUACUUGGUAAAACUAUUUUAGGUUUAUUCAAAUGAUGAAAAUGCUGAAUAAGCAAGUUUCUUUUGUUUGUUUUGAUGCUCAAACUUUUUCAACCCCAUCAAAUGUAAAGUGAUUUUUAAAAGAAGAAAAAUUUCCACAAAUCACAAACAUUUCCAGUCAGUUUGUCUCAUGUGCAAAAGAUGCACAUAAAAACAGGCUGGCACAAUCCCAUUUGCUGAGGUGUCUUUAUAGAAAGUACACUAACUUUUAUACAAAAUGUAAUAAUGACAUUUUGUAUAAUGUUCUUAAUGAUCUUAGCAUAUAUCUGUAUGUAUCUCCUUAAUGGUGGGCCAAUCUAAAGAAAUCUUUUUCAACAACAUUGCAGUUAUUAACAUCUAUAUCUUUUUUAAGCCAUGUCUUUAAGUUUUCAUAUUCAUCGCCCUGAGAAUGCGAUGAUGUCUCCGUUUGUUUCCAGUGUGACAACAUAUGUUGCCUGUACAAAACUUGACAGUCACUGAAAUUUGUAUCUGCUAAGGAAUUUUGUUAUACUCCAGAUAAUUACAGAAUGAAGAAUUUUACAAAGCACUGCAGGCUUAGCAAAAACCGCCCAUAGGACAGGUUUAUGCGAGUAAUAUAAAUAUGCCGCAGCGUGCUAACCAUAUCGGAAGAAAAGCCUGAGUGCUUUCCUCAUGAUUAUCUCGGGAAGUUUUAUACGUCAUCCACGUUUAGUGGUUAUCAUACGAAAGCAUCGUACCUAAAACAUAUCAAAUAAUAAUAAAGGAUAACGUUGGAGGCGAUUAGAGCCUCAGAUUCUCGUAAGGAUUUGUCCAAGACACAUGACGGACUACGUGUUGGUGCCUGAUGAUAGCUGUGCUGUUUUAGACGAUGUCAGCAGCAAGCAGGGACCAACUUCUGGGAACACGUGUAGAAACAAACAGCGGCAGUGUGCUAUACUCACUGCUCUGUGCUCGGAAAAGCUUGAGAAAAAAGAAACUGAAAAACUUGGACCUUCUAGUCCAGCGGUCCCGAACCUUUUUUACACCACGGACCGGUUUAAUGUCAGACAAUAUUUUCACGGACCGGCUUUUAAGGUGUCGCGGAUAAAUACAACAAAAUACAAUGACACGACCAAGACGAAAACUGUGGUAUUUUGUAAAUAUAAUA